CGAGUAUUUCUUCACGAGGCAUCAAAGAAAGGACCGAUGCUAUGGUCAAUCUUCGCCAAAUAUUGAGACACAAUCAAGGCACUUCCAGGAUCGAUAACCUCAAAGACUCCGCACUGCUCAAGAUCUACGAUACCAUUGUCCAAGCCAUCGAUGUCGAAGUCACCCAGCUGCGAGCGUUGAGAGGAGGCGCGAAAAGCAAGACAACCUUGUCUGCUACCGAGCAACGACUUGCCAGUUGCUCAACCACAUUCCGUGUAGCAGUCGAAGUUGGCAUUCGCAAUGGCCGCUCUAAAUCUGUCAAGUUUCUUGUUGAUUACCUUAUCACCAACUUUGACGACGAUCAAGGCAACCCCGAAAUUAUACUGGCAACCGAUUAUGCUAAAAACCUCUCUGUCGUGCUCAGCCAUGAGCCUCACGUCGAGCAUUUGCCUCCAGACUUGUGGAAAGCAACCUUGAUUUUCUGUCUCGACAAGAUGGGAUUCGCGCCCAAGUCCGAUCUUGGAUUAGGCUCUAGCAUCUUGACUCCGAGAUCAUCACGUCCUUCACAAGCAAGUCUCGACAGAGGCAUGCUUCCCAGGCAUGCUCUGGACGACCUGGUCAAUGUCAUUCGUUCGCUAACCAGCGUUCCGUUUGCACCCAUUCUCAAGAAAGGCCCCCAGAUCCUCAAUGCAAUGGCACGGUUCUUGCACAACUCACCACACAUGGCGAAGCCUCAAAUUGAUGCCCUGGUGGUGAUCAACACCGUUCUACUCCAGAUACGUACCGAAGACAUCAAACUUACAAAAGAAUUCACUCGAGAUGCUCUCGCGAUGAGUAAAGCAUUGUGGAACUCGAAGCUUUCGGCCCUCAAAGACGAGAUUUUAUCCAUGCUGGUCUUGUUGCAUCCCUUUGUGGAAGUCCUCUCGCAGUCUGGUGAAGAUGAGUUGCUUCUCACCGAGAUAUCCAAUCUUGUCGAAACUAUCAGGGGUGAGUAUACUAGACGACCAAUCAAGGACCAACUCCAACUCAGUCAACUUAGUCUCGAACUCAACUUGAAGCAAACCCCCAAUGGCUUGCGGGGCCGUAUCUUUGGCCUGCAAGACGGUCAUGUAGUCAGUGAGAACGCUUUGAGUGCUGAGCACAACUGGACUUUGUUGAAGUUGCUGGCACAUUUCUCGGUUUGGGGUCAUCCUGCUGACCAGCGAAGGCUCGGACGAUUUGUGUCCCCAGAUGCUGGUCCUCAAAAGCGUCAGCGCGUUGCACAUUGGUCAGACGAGCUAUUUCGCAUGCUUUCUGACUUUAGCAUUCCCAGCAAGUUAUGUUCGCUGCAGAUUUUAUGUUUUACUGUCCAGUCUGCUCCUAUCGAGGAAGGUGUUCUGGCCAGGUUGAUUGAGAAAUUGGCCAUGUGCAUCAUUGAUGACAACAGUUCUGUCGCUUCGUGGGCCUAUCUGGCGCUCGCAAGGUACUUCUUCCGCCUUCUCAAGCUCGACCACCAGGCUAACAAACCCAUANGUUGUGCUAGUCAAACUACAGCUCGAGUAUCUAAUCUAAUUGACGUCUGGCGAUCUGUUUGGCAUUACACCUUGAGGGGUGUCAACCCCGUCCAAACAUGUAGGCCGGCAUGCCAUCUCCUUCACACCAUGAUCCAGACAGAAUUGAUAUUCGCUUCUCAGAACACGACUACUCAAGUUGUCGACGUCAUGAACCUCAUAAACGUUUGUCUAGGACUGCCCACAGAGCAAGAGCCACAUCAAAGCCUGCCGAUAUGGGGUUCCGUAGCACAGACAUGGAUUUUACAUGGUCAAACCCAAGAUCUUCUUGACUAUUUGCUACUCAGAAAGAAGGAGAUGUCGAUCAAACCUCUGGAUCGAACUGAGCAGGCUCCGGAGAGGAACCUUUCCAUGAACAAUGUCGCUGUCACAUUGUUGCUCGGUCUUUGCACAACUGAAACAAAUAGUGCAGUGGACAAAUGGCAAAACAUGAAGGAGCAGAGUGCUGGGCAUCUGGACCAGUACAUGAUCCGUAUGGUUGGCAACUUGGUCACAGUGGGACUAUGCCUUGCCAACUGUUUAAAAGCGAAAGACACUCAUCGAACAGAACAGCUUCGUGUUGCCAAUGAGAAACUCAUGGUGCUCUUUUUCGGCGAUCUAUCAAGCCCUGUUUGUGAACAAGAUAAGGUUAUCCCCACAAAUUACAGCAUCGUAUCACAGAGAGCAAGUGUGACAAUCUAUGCGAUGCUGAUGCAAUCGCUCGACUCGUCCGUGGGACAUCACGACACCAUUGACGGUCCUAUGAAGGAGCUCAUACCUCAUAUCCUUGAGCUUCCGGCGCCAGAAAUUCUUGCCAGUGGGCCCUUUCUUACGGCUCUGCCUCGCUACGGUGUACAACUCACCUCCAAGCAGUUCGAACCACUUCUUGAAUUCUUCGCCGACAAUACACUUCAGUCUUACGAGUACGAACGUGCUGAGACGAAUGUCGACCUUUUGUUGGGUGUCAUGGAGAGCUUUGUGUAUACCUGGGCAGACACUUCGGACCAGGAUCUCUACACAUUUGGCCUCGAUAUCUAUAAAUGGUUCACUGUGACGGCUUGGAAAGCCAAUCUUCUCUCGCCAAGCGUGCAGAAGCGACUUGUUCAUCUCAUGCUACAAAUCCUGCAGAUCGACGCAGAUUAUGGACAAGCAGACAAACUACCGAGCAUUCGUUCUAUGCUCUUUCGUCUGAUGCAGGAAGGCACCCUGGAGGUCAAGCAUUCCAUUGCUGAAGACCUGUCGUCACUCUUCAGCCUCUUCUCUUUGCCUGUUCAUACAGAAGUUUUCGAAGAGCUUAGAAUAAGUCUACCUGCUGACACAGAUUGGAUCGAAGGGCUUGCCGUUCGAGUUUUGGUGUUGGCGAAUCUGGCCGCCAAUUGGCAUUCUCUUCGGCGACAGUGCAUCUACCAUAUAUUUGAGACUGCGGGCAUGAUCGCAGACGUUGAGAAAUACGCUGCCACAUGUAUUGCCACAAUCUCAGGCACACUGGACCUCAACUCGCCUAAAGAACUGUUCCAGCUUUUCUCCNCCCAGCUGCUGUUCACCUGGUUGGAAUCUCAAGCCGUAGCAAAGAUUCCAUUCAAAGUCUUCGGUUAUGAAGCCAUGUCUGAGCUACUUGAACACAACAUUGACGAGAUAUAUGCACAGCUGGUCAUUCGCGAAAAAGAGGACGAGAUUGGUUGGUUGGCAAGCACCCUGAAAUUGCCCGAAGGACAGAUCCUACGUUCUACUCUCAGUAAGACGCUUGCGUACGCCAUUUCCUGGGAUGUGUCGGGCAAGCAGGUAUCGUCACAAGAUUCAUCUCAAGUGGCGACUACAUGUGAAUCCCGUAUCAGGACCUUCUUCAAAACAAGCGGCGAAUACUCUAUCGCGGUUCAGAACAAUCUUCCAGACAUCGUGGCUCAGAUAUUUACCUCGAUGUACCAUGAAGAGGUAGUUGAUAAGUUUGUUGAGAAGAAACCUCAGUACGCUUACGCUCAAGAUGCUCUCUCCGCAAUGAAACGAUACGGAUUCCUCGACACAGAUCUCUCGCAAGCGCAACAGCCAAGUUUCAAAGGCAGAUACCUCAUCGAUCAACUAGAGCGAGUCUGUCGUAGAGCAGGAAAUAAAACACUCACGACUAUCAAGGACGCCUUAGAUGUCCCGCAUAUCACCGCCACUCUGCGGUCCAUCAUCGAUUGUAUGCACCCUGCAUAUGGUCCACUCCACGCUUGCCGCACUGUCAGAAAAUUGCGUAUAUUCAUUGCGCUGGCUGGGGAUGAAGUCUUCAGUGGCUACCCUUUGCAGACCUUGAUUCGCACCCUGCAGCCAGUCAUUGUUGACCCACAUUGCUCUGAUGACGGUAUGGGUGUUUUGCACUAUCUGCUUGAGCGUGGAAAACAAUUCCUCAAGCAAGAGUUGUCGAUGAUCACCGGUACGAUUCUCUUGAUUCUCUUGUCCUUGAAGCAAUUCAUGACGUCUCGACAAGACAAGACCACCCAGGAGAGUCAAUUCCGCAAUACAGUAUCGAAGAUGCAAUCCUUCCACGAUUGGCUUGUCGAUUAUCUUCUGGAUUUCCGCUCCACCUUGAAAACGCCACGCCAAGAAGCUUUCUGUUCGCUUGUUCAGUCGUGUCGCGAUCUUAAACUACCAGCAUCUUCAGGAGUGAACCAAGCUGCGAGUACAAUGCUANAGGGGCUCCUAGACGAUGAAGACUCGAUCUCGCCUAUCCUGGGAUCUAUCGAAAGAAGACAAGUCAUCUCAACUCUGUGCCGCUAUUUCCAUGUAAACGACAAAACAGCUCAUGACAUGUUUGGUUCUGAUGAGCUUUCACUUUCUUACGCUCGGCGAGUAUGGGAUUCGACUCAGACCCUCACGGAGGCUGAUGAUUAUGGAGCCUGGGCUGCAAAGGUUCUAGGCCGUGCUUAUGCAUCGACAGUCUCUCUAGAACAGAUCAGACCUACUCGGAAUCUGAUCCCCCACCUGACCAGCGGUACUGGAGAGAAGACUCAGUCCAUGCAUGCCAUUGUGACCAAGCUUAACAACCUUCUAUGCAGUCAAAAUCGAUCACACGUUGGUGUUGCUGAGCAGUGUCUUAGGAGCAUUGCACAUCGUUUUCUGACUCUUGGGGACCACAACGGAGCCAUCGAGUUUGAGAAGGUUCUGCCAAACCACGUUAUCGACUCGAUAGCCAGAGUAUACCAGAAGGACGUUAUAGGCACAAAAGACCGUCAAAAGUUCCGUAGGGAGGAUCUUUGGCGCGCCGCAAAGCUCGACAUUGAUAAGCCUUUCGAACUCUGGGUGCAAAAUCUGGCAGUCUCUAUUUGCAGAUGGGCCAAAGACGAUCCACUUGUUGGCCAGUUGGAGAAGCUCUUUCUUUCUGAUGACAAACUCUCACCAGAACUUUUCCCUUUCGUCGUUCAUCUUGCUCUGAGCUCCGAGAUCGAGAAGGAACAAGUGGUACGUACUUACCUAUCAGAGUCUUUCAUUGCGCACUUCGGCAACCACAAAGCAGACACUAACAGGAAAUCUCGACUGUUACUCGAGUCGCUUCUAUAUCUACUCACUCAGAAGAUACUCAAUGAGAAGACGAGAAUGGAUCGUCUUGAAUGGCUAGAGCUAGACUACCUUCUCGCUGCAGCAGCUGCUGACAAGUGCAAUAUGCCUACAGCUUCUCUAUACCUUGGAGAAGUAGGAGCAACCCCUCAAAAUGUUUCUCAGUCAUCACGCAAAUCAUCAACAACCCUCUCUAACCCAAACUCACCUUCAAAUGAGCUGCUUUUGUCAAUUUAUAGCCGUGUGGAUGACCCCGACUCUUUCUACGGCGUCAAACAAUCACCAUCUCUGGACUCUGUGCUUGCACGUGUUCAUCACGAAGGCGAUGGAAUCAAAGGUCUGAUGCUGCACUCUGCUCGCAUGGACGCAUCCAUGCGACAAUCUGGAUUGGCCAAUGAGUCAGACAGAUUUGGUCUAAUAGGCUCUGUUGGCGCCAUGAACCUAAGCAGCCUGACCCACGACCUGCUCAAUCGUAAAGGCGGGAAGUCUACGGCAGCCACAACAGACGUCAUGCUCAAUGCUGCCCGCAAAUUGGAGCAAUGGGAUGUCUCUCCUCCUCAAACGAACGGUUCGGCUUCAAGCACAGUGUAUGGUAUGUUCAAAGGGCUCGCUACUGCUACCAAUCUGGAGUCUGUUCAAUUGGACCUAAACAGAGCUCUGAGAUCGUCGAUACAGCAUCUGCAAGAUGCGCGCCUUGACGCAUCCGCAGUCCGCGCCACAUUGUCGAAUAUCGCUGUACUCGGCGAAAUCGACGAGUUGACUAACGUGAGAUGUUCGUCGGACCUCUCCGACCUCUGGCAUCGAAUGCAAGAACGACAGAGUGGAUGGGACAUCGGUCGUCUUCUGAGUCAAAACAAGCACCUCAGAGAGGCUCUUCAUAUCAACAUUCGCGAUUGUCGCGCUAUAGAGGCUCGAUCAGUUAUCAGUUCUUCUCAGUUCGCCAGGAAGAACGACUUGAUUCAACAAUCCUUAACUGCGGCAACCUAUCUCUCUCAGCUGGUUCCUAUAUGUCAAGAGAUCGACGUGAAAAUGGAUGCAGCCGCCCACUUUGAGGUUGCAACUACACUUUGGAGACAAGGCGAGAUCUCGACAUCGGUGCAGAUGCUGCAGGAACUUUGUUCACGAACAGAUUUAUUGAAGCAGUCAAUCCAGGUCGGCCGUGCAGGGAUGUUAGCCCAAUUGGUUGCAGACGCGCGUCUUGAGAAGCCUGGAGAAGUCAUUGCAAACUACCUCAGGCCGGCAAUUGAGCAGCUUGACCAAGCGACGUCAGGGUCCGAGGCUGGGAAGGUCCACCACGAAUUUGCCUUGUUCUGCGAUCAGCAACUUCAAGAUCCUGGCAAUUUGGAAGAUUUUCAGAGACUGGCAAAGCUUCGAGAACGCAAAUUGGGUGAACAUCGACAGUUUGACAGACUCAUUAAGGAUGCUUCGACCAAGGAGAAGAAGCGAGAGUUGCUGAGGGCGCAAAAAACCGUACAUUCAUGGUAUCUUCUAGACGACGAAGAGUUCCAGAAGAUGAGACGCAGCCGCGACGAGUUUGUGCGUCAAAGUUUACAAAACUAUCUACGAGCUCUGAUCGUGUCUGACGAGUUCAACCCCUCGGUUGUUCGCUUCUUUGCUCUCUGGCUCGAACAUUCGGAUUCGGAAUCUGCAAAUGCGGUCGUGCAAAAGACCUUGCCAAACGUCCCUAGCUGGAAAUUCGUUGGUCUGAUGAACCAGCAGACAUCGCGCUUGCAGAAGGACUCGAGCAUAUUCCAGCAAUCCCUUGCCGACCUAAUCACUCGCAUUUGCACCGACCAUCCUCAUCACGGCGUUCAUUACCUGUAUACGGCCUUCUAUUCAUCUGUUGCGGAGACCGAUCAGGCUGCAAAGUCCCGACGUGACGCUGCCCACGACAUAGCGACGAGCUUAGGUAAGAACAAGAGCAUGACUGAAACUAUGCGCAGGAGCUUCCAAGUAGGGAAUGCUUACCACCAGCUCGCGGAGGUCAAAUUGAACCCCAAGGAGUUCAAAGGCAAGAUUACGGUCGGUAUGGUGCCUGCAGCGAAGGAGAUGGUCAACAUCGUGAUACCCAGGAAAGUGCCACCUGCGACUUUGUCUGUCAAGCUCCGCCCCAACCGCGAUUACUCUUCCGUUCCAGUAGUCGCCAAAUAUAGGGAUGAUAUUCGCAUUGCCGGCGGCCUGAGCGCACCUAAGAUCCUAGUCGCGAUUGGAACUGAUGGCAAAGAGUACAGACAGCUGUUCAAAGGUGGCAAUGACGACCUCAGACAAGACGCCAUCAUGGAGCAAGUCUUUGGAGAAGUCAGCAAGAUGCUGCAGACGCACAAGACCUCCCGCCAACGCAACCUUCACGUCCGUACUUACAAGGUGCUUCCACUCACAUCGACUUCUGGUAUCAUCGAAUUUGUGCCGCACUCGAUGCCUCUGGGCGAGUUCCUGGUUCCGGCACACGUGAGCUACCAUCCCUCGGACCUGUCACAGGGCAAAGCACGCGAAAAGAUUGGUGGUGCACAGAGUCUGCCCAAAGACACGCGCCUCAAAGUAUACCGCGAGGUAGCAGCCAGACACCAGCCAGUGCUGCGCCACUUCUUCUUCGAGCGCUUCCAAGAUCCAGACGACUGGUUCCAGAAACGACUCAACUACACACGCAGCACUGCCACCAUAUCUAUUCUGGGCUGGAUCCUCGGCCUCGGCGAUCGCCACUGCCACAACAUCCUCCUCGAUGAGAAGAGUGGUGAAGCCAUCCAUAUCGACUUGGGUGUAGCCUUUGAAGCCGGCCGCGUGCUGCCCAUCCCCGAAGUCGUGCCCUUCCGCCUGACCCGCGACAUCGUGGACGGCAUGGGCGUGACAAAAACCGAAGGCGUCUUCCGCCGCUGCUGCGAAUUCAGCAUGGACGCCCUGCGCGCCGAAAAAGACGCCAUCAUGACUUUGCUGAAUGUGCUGCGCUACGAUCCCCUGUACUCGUGGACAGUAUCACCGCUCAAGGCUCGCAGAAUGCAGGAUCCGAGCCGCGAUGGCGAUGAUGGCGGUAAUGGGUUGGGGUCUGCGAGCAAGCGGCCUGAAGACGAAGCUGGAGAGGCAGCACGCGCAUUGGCGAUUGUGGAGAAGAAGUUGAGUAAGACGUUGAGUACUGCUGCUACGGUGAACGAGUUGAUUCAGCAGGCGAGUGAUGAGAGAAACUUGGCUGUGCUGUUUGCUGGGUGGGCUGCUUAUUGC